AUGAGACUGGAAGACCCCGCGGAAGCCAUGAAAGGAGAUAUCCUCAGCUCGGCUGGAAUUGAUGAUUUGACUGUCCAAGACAUUCAGCAAUUGGAACAAUGGAAUGGUCACUUUCCAGACGCUGUCGAUUCUUGUGUCCCAAAGGUCAUCCAUGAUAGGAUUCGAACUCAACCUAAUGCACCUGCGGUUUGCAGUUGGGAUGGCGAGUUUACCUACGCCGAGGUUGGAGCAUUGUCUACGAGACUAGCUCUUGGGCUUCUCAGUGGCCCCCAUAAAGAUGACAUUCAGCCAGGAAAUUUUAUUCCAAUUUGCAUGGAGAAAUCACGAUGGGUUCCUGUUGCAAUUCUCGGCAUUCUUAAGGCUGGGGCUGCAUUUGUCAUUCUCGAUUGCAAUCAUCCGCCAGAACGGUUGCAGUCUAUAUGUCAGGAUGUCAAAGCAGCUCUGGUACUUACAUUGGCCAAUCAGUCAGAAAUAGCCUCGACACUUGCGCCCGCCUCUUUGAUUGUUGGGCAAAACCUAUUCCAAGAGGAAAGUAGCGAAGAUCUAUAUGAGCAGUCACCGUGUCCCAACAUCUCAUCGAGUAGCCCCUUUUGGGCGGUAUUCACAUCGGGGUCGACGGGAAAGCCCAAGGGCGCGAUAAUUUCGCAUUCGGCAUUCGUAACAGGAGCAUUGCCGAACAUAGAGCUACUCGAGCUUGGGCCGAAAGUUCGCGUGUUUCAAUUCGCCUCCUAUGCGUUUGACGUCGGGGUCAUGGACAUGCUCUUCACUUUGAUCGGCGGUGGUUGUAUCUGCAUUCCAUCCGAGUGGCAGCGACAAAAUGAGCUUUCCAAAACGCUCACCAAUUUACAAGCAAAUUGGGUCUCAUUCACGCCCUCUUUGGCACGCAUUCUGAGCCCAAAGAGCCUGCCAACUCUCGAUUGUCUUCUCCUGGCGGGAGAGGCGGUGACACAGAGUGAGAUCGACCUGUGGAGUUCGCAUGUUAAGCUGAAAGUCGCAUACGGCCCAUGCGAGGCAGGUGGAUGCAACACGACCAUUGUACCCGAUUUGGCUCAAGCGCCUGGUCCAGCGAACCUUGGGCAGUCGCCGGCCUUGUGCUGCUGGGUGGUGGACCCUCAGGACCAUCACAAGCUCAUGCCAGUGGGUGUGGAAGGAGAGCUGUUACUCGAAGGCCAUGCACUUUCAGAGGGCUAUAUAAAUCAGCCACAGCUGACAGCAGCGACUUAUAUCGAUCCCCCCCGCUUGGAUGGCCCAGGUCAGACGCUCAAAGACUGGGAGGAAGCUGUACAAGUGUGGUGA